AUGUCACACAGGAAAUUCUCUGCUCCGCGUCACGGUUCUCUCGGGUUUACACCUAAAAAGCGCUGUCGACGCAUCCGAGGGAAAUGCAAGGCAUUCCCAUGGGACAAAAGAUCUCUUCCACCUCAUCUGACUGCUUUCAUGGGAUAUAAAGCAGGAAUGACUCACAUUGUUCGUGAAGUUGAUCGACCUGGAUCCAAGGUUCAUAAGCGUGAGGUUGUUGAACCAGUAACUAUAAUGGAAUGCCCACCUAUGGUAAUCGUUGGGAUGGUUGGGUACGCACCAACUGCCAAGGGUUUAAGGACUUUUAAGACUGUCUGGGCAGAACAUCUUACUGAAGAAUUCAAACGUCGGUUUUACAAAGAUUGGUGCAAGUCUAAGAAAAGAGCUUUCCUUAAAUCGUCUAAGAAAUGGUUAUGUGAAGCAGGCCUUGCACAGAUAAAGCGUGAUCUGAAAAAAAUCAAAAAGUAUUGUACGGUUGUUCGAGCGAUUGCACACACACAGAUGCGCCUGAUGAAACAUCGUCAGAAGAAGUCACAUAUCAUGGAAAUCCAAGUAAAUGGUGGGACUAUUUCACAGAAGGUCGAUUGGAUUCGCCAGCAUUUCGAGAAGCAGAUAUCUGUUUCAAACGUGUUUUCGCAAGAUGAAAUGAUUGAUGUUAUAGGUGUCACUAAAGGUAAAGGUUUUAAAGGCGUUACUUCUCGCUGGCACACCAAAAAGCUUCCUCGAAAAACCCACAAAGGUUUGCGUAAAGUAGCUUGUAUUGGUGCGUGGCAUCCUGCACGUGUAGCAAGAUCAGUUGCUAGGGCUGGUCAAAAGGGUUACUUCCACAGAACAGAGUUAAACAAGAAGAUCUACAGAAUUGGAAUGGGUUUACAAGCUCAGCUAGAGGUUGCGAAGGCAGAAGCCUCUAAGGAUGAUAAAGAUAAAAAUGCAGUACCUAAACCUAAAGGCAAUGCGUCCACAGAGUUCGACUUAACGGCUAAAAACAUCACCCCUAUGGGUGGUUUCCCACACUACGGUGAAGUCAGGAACGAUUACGUCAUGAUCAAGGGUUGCUGUAUGGGACCCAGGAAGCGUGUCAUAACACUUAGGAAAACAUUGAUUCCUCAAAUUAAGACACGAUCAAAGGAGAAGAUUGUCCUGAAAUUUAUUGAUACAUCAUCCAAGUUUGGUCAUGGUCGGUUCCAGACUCGUGCUGAAAAACAGGCUACUAUGGGUCCUUUGAAAAAGUGUCUAGGACGCGCGAAGGUCGUCGCAUAA